CUGAAGCUGUCAACAUCUAAAUGUCCUAUUCUCUGUGGAACCCACAUUUUUAGAGCUUCUCACUUCAACUUUUCUUGGAUCUUUUGUUUAGCCUACUUGUGAAUGUGAACACAUUUCAUCACACUUUUUUUGUUGUCUUGCAGCUGACUUUAUUCCCCUGUGGACUUCAGUAAUAUUACUUUUGUAUCAGAGUGAAAAUGUCCCACCCCAGCACUCUGGACUUGGACAGAUACAGCAGCUUGGAGAAAUCUCGUCGCUCCACAAGCCGCAGGCAGUCCAGGACCCCGUCCAACAAUGGGGAGGUCCUGUGUGACUUCUGCUCGUCGAGGAAGCAGAAGGCGGUGAAGUCUUGCCUGCUGUGCCUGGCGUCCUACUGUGAGACCCACCUGCAGUCUCACUAUGAGUAUCCUGCUCUGAUGAAGCACAAACUGGUCAAAGCUACGGGCCAGAUGAGAGAGAAGAUCUGUGCGCAGCAUGACAAGCUGCUGGAAGCAUUUUGUCGCACUGAUCAGACGUCGGUGUGUGUCCUCUGCAUGAUGGAUGAACACAAACACCAUGAUACCGUCCCCGCUGGAACAGAGAGGACUGAGAAACAAAAACAGCUUAGUUCCACGCUGUACAAAUCUCAGCACAGGAUUGAUCAGAGAGUGAAAAAGUGGCAGGACCUCCGACAAGCUGUGGAAUCACUUAAACACUCAGCCCAGAUGGUCCUGGAUGAGAACGAGCGGAUCUUCACUGAGCUGCUACGCUCCAUAGAGAGGAAGUACACCGAUGUCAAGGAGAUGGUCCGCUCUCAUGAGAGGACCACGGUGACACAGGCGGAGAUGCUGCUGGACCGCUUGGAGGAGGAGAUCAUACUCCUGAGGAAGAAACACACCGACUUGGAGAAGCUCUCACACACUGAUGACCAUAUACAUUUCCUACAGAGCUGGCAGUCUCUGUCUGGUCCCUCGGGGUAUGAAGACCUCAACAACAUCGCCGUUGCCCCCUACUACUCUUUUGAUGCCACCAAGAGAGCCAUUGCUGCCAUGAGACUGCAAGUGGAGGAAGUCAGCAAGACAGAACUGAGUAAAAUCUCCUCUGCAGUAAAAGAAGUCUACAUUACACAAGAAAUAAGUACACAGACGAGAAGAAAUUCAAUACUGAUGGAAGAGCCACGGACAAGAGAGGAUUUCAUGAAAUACUCCUGCCAGUUGACCCUGGACACCAACACCGCCCAUCCCAACCUUCACCUCUCAAAGGGGAACCGAACAGCCACGAUGAUGAGCGAGCCAAAGAACUACCCGGACCACCCAGACAGAUUCGACCACUGGCAGCAGGUUGUGUGCAGGGAGAGCCUGAGUGGGAACCGUUUCUACUGGGAGGUGGACUGGAGGGGAACAGAGACAGAUGUCGCCGUCACCUACAGGGGAAUCAGCCGCAAAGGAAAUGGCAAUGAUUGCAGUCUGGGCUGGAACGACAAGUCCUGGAGUCUGUACUGCUCCGAGUCCAAAUACUCUUUUGUGCACAAAAAUAAGAGCACGGAUAUAUCAGUGCCUCAAUCAUCUCGUAUUGGAGUUUACCUGGAUCACAAGGCAGGGAUCCUUGCAUUUUACAGCGUGUCUGACAGCAUGCAUCUUUUGCACAGAGUCCAGACAGCGUUUACAGAGCCCCUGUACCCUGCAUUCAGUGUGUGGGGCUUUGGUUCUAGUAUAAAACUUUAAGAGAGUUGAGACAGGAUGACGCAAACACUUAUGAAUAUAUUGCUUUAAAAUAUGGAGGAUGUUUGAUUUGUUUUUCCCCAAUGUUUUACUGCUAAACUAUUGUAGGAACAGAAAAAAAUCCAUUUAAUUGUUCUUUUCAGAGUAUUUGGUCGGUGUCAUGUGUGAAGGGAAAAGCAUGGUUCACAUAUGCAGUAAUUCAAUUAUUAUUUUGUCUCUUCUUAAUUUAAUCUUACAUUUUAUAUUUUGCUCUAUCGUUUUUUUUUUUUUUUUUUUUUUUAGUAAUUUUUAUGAGUUAAAUCACUAUUGCUGAAUAUCUUAGUCGCGUUUUAUUGAUUCAUUGUGAUCUCUGGUCUUAUGUGUGGUUGUUUGAACUCAUAGCAGGACUACCUUUUUUAUAUAUUUUUGUACU